ACGAACGGCCUGGAUCGGAGCCGCUCCGUACGAAACGGUGCACCAAUCUCAGCACGUGCUGCAGCGAGGAAGACACCCACGGCAGACGACGACGCGAAAGCGGAACUGCUCGCACGCAUGGAGGACUUGCAGGAGAAGAUGACUCAAGCCGAGUUGGCAUCUGUGGAGAAAGAUAAGCAGGCCGCCAAUCUACAGGCCAAGCUGGACUUAGCUUUGAAAGAGCAAGGCAUGCUGGAAGAAAGUGUGCAUGAACAGACUGAGCGGAUUGAGGAGCUGGAGAAUGACAAGAAGGAGAGUGUGCGAGCACGUCGCGAGCUGGAGCAGAUUUACGAGUCGGAGCGUGCGGCGAUACUCAGGGAGAAGGAGGAAGCGGCAACUCGAGAGGAGGAAAUGCAGAAGUCACUUCAGCGAAUGAAAGAGGCUUUGGCACAACGUGAGAUGCGCGCCGGACUGGACGAUGAACGACGGCCUAUGGCAUCACGAUCGACGAGCCAUGGGAAGGGCAGCGCACCGAGUUCACCGAGUAUCGAGCAAGCGGAGAGACAGUUCGCGCCGUCUUCCAUGCAGAGGAGUGACUCGGUCUCGCGCAGCAAUUCGAAAUUGGUGAUGCAAAAGGACAAGAUCAUUGAAUCAUUGCGACUCGAAUUGGCAGAAGCGCAAAUCAAGUUGGUGGAGAUGGAGAACAUGGGUGGUGGUCGCCUGCAAGAACUGCAAAACAAAGUCUACGAGACGAAGAUGCAAAAUGCUCGUUUAAUGGAGGAGAACGAGUCGUUCCAGCUCCUUCUCAGCGAAAAGACACUCAACGGCGAUUUCCUCCGACCAGGCGCAUUUGACUCUCGGCCACCGUCUCGCAGCCCGGCCGAUGGAGAGAAUGCCGGCACCAGCCUCGCCGACGAACUUGGCUCCGAAGAAGGCGACAGCGAGACCAUCUCCGAGACCACGGCCCGCGAACGUCGCUUGCGAGCAGAAGUCAACGCCAUGAAAGACCAAAACAAGGCCCUGACGCUGUAUAUUAACAAUAUCAUCUCCCGCCUCCUCCAACACGAGCAAUUCGAGCAGAUUCUCGACAAGACUCCUGAUCUCAUGGCCGGUCCUGGCGCGAUCAGCCGGAAGUACGCCGAGGCCGAUACGGACAAGGAGCUGCCGCCUCCUCCACCAGAAGAGGACGAGCAACCCUCCCUACUUCAACGCGCAAGAAGCGUCAUCGCACCGAAGAGACCCCGGCCGACCUCCCAGCAAAUGAUGCCACCUCCCUCACUGACAUCUCGACCAUCGGAUGACGUCGCCAAACCAAACGAAGACCCAGAAACGGCGCCCUCCGUGCCCAUCGGCCGACGCAUGGCUUCAGGUGGUAACGGUGGCGGCGGCGGCGGCGGCGGAGGUCACCGUCGCGCAAACUCCGACUGGCCCGCCGCGAGCGUCGUGACCAACAUGUACCGGCCCGGCCCACAGUCAGUAGGACCACUGAGUCCAGGUCUGAGCUCGCCAACAAACCGGACGAAUUCGUUCUUCGCCCAACAUCGCACUCCUUCAGGAAACCAAAUUCCCACCCUGCUCGACGCCCCCGAGUCCGUCUCCACCCUAGUCUCGGGGAGUUCCAAUCCCAGCUCUCCACCACGCAGUACGACGUCCAGCGGCAAUGAUACGAGAGCCGCGGACAAGGACGGCAAGGGCAUGAGUGGAGCGGUGAUGAUGGGGAGUAAACCCCGGCCGUUGCGCUUGGUGCAGGAGGCCAAGGAUGAGGAUAAUGCAAAGAAGAAUGCGAAUCGGGCGAGUUGGUUUGGAUGGAUGAACAAGGGGAGUCCUGGG